UGCUCUACCAGCCAAGGACAAUUCAUAAACAAAACAAAAUAAAAAGGUUCCUGGUCAAGCUUCUUCUCUUUCUUUCUAUGUCCUAAAAUUCUCUCCUCUUUUUCUUUCUGUCUCUCAAGGAAGAAGAAAAACAAAGCAAUUUGUGGGUUUUUGCCUGUGAUCUGAAUCACAUGGAGGGUGAAUCUUUUUCACAAGAGGAAGUGAAAGUGAAAGCUGUUUUGGAGGAGGUGAAAAAGGGGGAAGAGGUUGUUAAUGGCGGUGAUGGCAACAUGGGAUCUUGCACGGAGACUCUUGAUCCUUGGACUAGUGCCUUAAGGCCUGCAUCAUCUGGACCAAAUGCAACCAUUUCGACCCCAAAUCAGCUUACCAUCUUCUAUGGCGGAAAUGUUCUCGUAUUUGAUGCAAUUCCUGCUGAAAAGGUUCGUGAAAUUCUGUUUAUUGCUGCUGCUGCAGCAGCUGCUGUUAAACCUGCUGACACGAAGAAGACUGCUGCCGUCUCUCCAGCUAGUAAUACACCAGUUCUUACAAGGUCUCCUUCACUGCAAAGCACUACAAGUGCUUUGCCUUCACCACAAGCCCAGCUCUAUCCUAUACAUCAAGCCUCCUCUCUUUGCAAAAUGCAAGCAGAAUUUCCAAUUGCAAGGAGAAAUUCUCUUCAGCGAUUCUUUGAGAAGCGACGAGACAGGCUGGGCAGCAAAAGUCCAUAUCCCACUCCAGCAGCAAAAAUGGCUGGAGCUAAAAAACCUGAUUUAAGCACUGAAGUCUCAAGAGAUGCAAGUAGCAUUGCGCAGGACAAAGAAAUUCAACGAGAGGUUGCUGCCAACCUUGCUUGAUUGUGCACAACAGCUUCUGAUGAAGAAUUGAAACUCUCAUAUAAGCUGAUAUUGUUAGUGUUGUAUUAAUCUAGAAAAUGGAUACUGUGUUGGACAUGAUGAUAUUUUAAGUUGCUUUUUGAUUUACUGGGGUAACUAGUCAAUUUCUCAUUGAAGCUAAUGAGAAUUUGUUCACAUGUUGCCCCAUCGGCCAAAGGCAAUUGAAAUAUCAUGGUGAACCAGUGCUUUUAGGACAGCUAUCAAUGUUAUUAAAAACUGCCAACAACAAUUGACAGACUAUGGAUGUAUUGUUGCCUGCUUGCUUGUUCUAAUGUGUAGUAUUGUGACUC